GCAAAACCAUACAUAAUCGAAGGCUUCCGUUCCUGAGGUUUUCUUCUUUUUUGUUUUUUGAGAUGCAAGUCAUGAGUUCCUCACCGUCGUUGUCUCCCGCAUUUAAUAACUUCUCCGGCGCAGGAAAGUUCAGUUAUAAUUUCGGACUUAAACUGCGGCUCAAAGAGGAAGAGCCUGACAAGGAAGAAGAAGAGAAAUCGAACAGUCAGCUGGAAAUAGGUGAUGAAGAUGAAAAGGAAGAGGAAGGAGAUGAAGAGAAAUUGAACAGUCAACCGGAAAUAGAAGAUGAAUAUGAAAAGGAAGAGCAAAGCGAAGAGGAAGGGAAAGAGUUUUCAUUUGUUUGUUUAAGUCCUGAUGGAUCCCCGAUUUCUGCGGACGAUUUGUUCCAAGACGGUCAGAUCCGACAUAUUUUCCCGUUAUUCAACCAAGGUCUCCUCUUCGCCGACGAAGACGGCACCGUUUUGAAGACCGAAGAGGGUGAUGCCGCUCUACCGCCUCAGGUGAGGAAGAUUUUCGUGGAAGAUUCGGCGGACGCGACGUCGUCGGAGCCGGCGGGACCGUUCCGCGAGUGGAGAGGUGCAAAAACCGUGGAGGAAGCCUCACCGGAUACGUGUCGAAAGAGCAACUCCACGGGAUUCUCCAAGCUUUGGAGGUUCAGAGAUUUGAAGCUUCGAUGUAAUAGCGGCGGCAAAACCGCGUUCGUCUUCUUAAGCCAUCCUCCGCCUUCUUCUUCUUCUUCGUCAUCGUCAUCGGUAAAAACCGAGAAGAAAAACGAAAAAGAAGAAAAGAAAACAGCAUUAAAAGCAAUCCUAGAGAAACCAAAAGUGAAGAAGACGGAGAAGAGUAAUAAAAUGGCGUUGCCUUCAGCUCACGAAAAGCUUUAUGUUAAAAACAGAGCACAAAACGAAGGGAUUAAACGGCGCUCAUAUCUGCCGUAUAAGCAGGUUUGGUUUUUCACUAACGUCAACGGCUUAAGCAGAAAUGUUCAUCCAUAUUAGGUUUCUAGUUAGUCAAUUAAAAUUUUGUUAGUAUUUUU